CCUGCCCUCAGCCAAUCCUCACUGACUCACCACAGAAAUAGGACGGCUGGGAUCUCGUCAAACCUCCUCUCUUUCUCGCCUUCUGGUUUCCUCCAUUGCACAUACACAAUAGCUUGUGCUAAACCUAUGCCAGCUGUUCUGUAUCCGGGCAAAUAGGUUCUGAAAUAGCAAUCGCAAGAACACUGUCAAGGAACAACAGCAACCCAAAUGUGAGGGGUGAUGGAAUACAGUAUUCUCAUUGUCCUGGGGGAGCCGCGACACUGGCUGGAAUGUAUAUUGGUUUAAACGUGCGAAAAUCAGUCUGUGGCAGAAACAGGGAAAGCUGCUGGAUUUAUACAAAUAUCUAUCGUUAACUUUUUUUUGGGGAGGGUUUUUUCAAAUACUCUGCAGGGGAGAUAAUCGUACUGGUGCAACGAGAAAUAGAUUGAUGGAAGUGCUAUUAUUUGAUGCCACUGCUGGAGGAUUUUGAGAGAAGCGUAAUAGUAGAUCGUGGCCCUGUGUGAGAGAGUAUAUAGAUGUGGAACCGGAAUAAUUACACUGAUAACUAAAGCUGAGAGUGCUGCUUAAACAAUAGAAGAGCUCCUGUCUGCUGUAUACUGACCAAACCACAUACAGAUGGGGACCACAGAGGCCACUCUCCGCAUGGAAAAUGUGGAUGUAGAAGUGAAAGAGGAAUGGCAAGAUGAAGACUUCCCCAGGCCCCUUCCUGAAGAUACAGGAAUGGACUGCCUGAGCAGUCCUCUUGAAGAUGACUUUACUUCCUCUCCUCCAAACACGUUAAAUAUCAGCUCAUCCCAUUGCAAGAGGAAGACCCUGGUAGCCCCAGAAAUUAACAUAUCUCUUGACCAGAGUGAAGGUUCAGUGUUAUCUGAUGACUUCCUGGAUACUCCUGAUGAUCUGGACAUUAAUGUAGAUGAUAUUGAGACGCCAGAUGAAACAGACUCUUUGGAAUUUGUGGGCAAUGGAAAUGAGCUUGAAUGGGAAGAUGACACACCGGUUGCAUGUGCAAAGAACAUGCCUGGUGAUAGUGCUGAUCUUUUUGGUGAUGGGGGCGGUGAAGAAGGUGGAGCCACUAAUGGUCGCAUGUGGCGGACUGUGAUAAUUGGAGAGCAAGAACAUCGGAUUGACCUGCAAAUGAUAAAACCAUAUAUGAAAGUAGUGACACAUGGAGGUUACUAUGGUGAAGGCCUCAACGCUAUUAUAGUGUUUGCAGCAUGUUGUCUCCCAGAUAGCAACUGUCCUGAUUACCAUUACAUCAUGGAAAAUCUCUUUCUUUAUGUCAUAAGUAGUUUGGAGCUGCUGGUUGCUGAGGAUUAUAUGAUUGUCUACCUAAAUGGGGCUACACCACGAAGACGGAUGCCUGGGAUAGGAUGGCUCAAGAAGUGCUAUCAGAUGAUUGAUAGGAGAUUAAGGAAAAACCUCAAAUCUUUGAUUAUCGUCCAUCCUUCUUGGUUUAUCCGAACAGUGCUGGCUAUCUCCAGACCUUUUAUCAGUGUGAAAUUUAUAAAUAAGGUUCAAUAUGUGCACAGUUUAGAGGACCUAGAGCAAAUCAUUCCCAUGGAGAACAUACAUAUCCCUGACUGUGUAUUGCAAUAUGAUGAAGAAAGAAUGAAAGCCAAAAGAGAGAGGUCCGAGGAGAAGCAAGAGAAUGCUGUACCAGACAGCAUGCAACCGGCUGAACACGUGUCUUGUAAGUGAAUCCCUGAACUAAAUGGAGUUCCAUCGAUUGCAUACCUUCCUUGACAUCUUUUGCUGGAUGACAGUGUAUGGCUUUCAAAGGACAUAUUGCUUUUAAAAACAUUGGUCAGUUCUAGGAGAUAUAUUGUCUGAAACUUGAGCAUCAAAACCAUUUGUUUCUCAUAAGACUGUGUUUUGUUCUUUGUCCUUUAAACGAAAAGAAAAAUUGGCAAUGUUGUGACACAGUCCACUCUACAGGUAUUACACUGUACUGUUUAUUAAUCCAGAUCUAACAAGUAGAGACAUCAGAUUAUGUCUAAAUAAAUUCUAAGUUUUCCUACUGUCUGUAUCUUGAAGCAAGUUCUGGAGAAGCCACUUUGUUUUUUUUUACCACACAUCAUAAAAUAAAAAAAAGAUACAAAAAAGAGCUGCAAACCCUGGAUGGGACCUAGCCAGAGACAGUGUUAACUUCAGAUUCUUGAAGAUAUAUUGGAACUAAAGACUGUUUAAAAUGUUAUAUUUGCUGUAACACAGCCUCGUGUGCAUCACUCUGUUAUUGCAACCUACAAACUCUAAUUUCUUUCUAGAUUUGGAAGGUUAGUGUCUUGGUUUACAUUUUAAAAACAGUUUUUGAUGAUCUUAGCAGUACAGGUACAUGUGUAUUAUAGAAAAAUUAUGUACAGUUUAUUUAAGUGGAAGGAAGUGAAAGAUUUACAUGAGCUCUGCAAAUGGCCCUGUUUUGAAGAGUGCUAUAGCAAGAAAAAAAAAAAAAGCUUUGACCAGUUUCUGAAAGCAGAUUCAAAUCUUAUUUUUUAAAGUGUGUAGUGCAGUGAUAAUGCAAGGUGUGAAAAAGAUUUGACUAUGUAGAGUCUCUAAAGCAUUUACACUAAACCCUACUAGACUAUGGUGAGGUUUUAUUUCCAUAUGAUGUUAAUCAAUGCUUAGGAUAAAUGAUUUUAUUUAAAUGAAUUAAACAUUUUCUGCUAUUCAUAUUGUAAUAUAUAUGCUGUGUCAAUAUUUUUCUGAAGACAUUGGAAAUAAAACAAUGGAAGUUCUAGUGCAUGUCAUAAAA